AUGGCCACUUUCAGUGCAAACCGCUUCCCUGCCCGUACCCUUGUUGUGGCGGGCAUCCUUGUCAUUACUAUCCUGCUGUUCUUGGCAUCAUUCUCCUCAACCCCUCCUAGUGAAGCAUACGGAAAGCUGUCGCAGGCUGCACAGGAUCAGUACGCAAAACUCUCCAAAAACAAGGGAAAUUCCAGACCAACUCGCCCCAUUUUUAUUGACCUUGGUGCCAAUCGGGGCGACUCUAUCCGCGUAUUCCAAAAGGAACCCGGUUCCAAAUGGGUACAGGAUUUUCCUAAACCAUACUUUUUCGAGUACUCGGAUUUUGAGUGCCACCUCUUUGAAGCAAACCCACUGUUUACCAAAGAUCUCGAGCAAACAAAAACCUUUUAUGCUGAGAAGGAAAAGCCAGUUAAAGUGCACAUCUACCCAAGCACGAUCGUUUCCACCAAGGAUGGCUUUACAGAAAUGUCAAUUGACACGUGGUCGACAGAAAACGACUUUUGGGGAUCCAGUAUCUAUCAAUGGUCACAAGACGGAAAAUCAAAUAAACAGGGCACGACAAAACUCCCAUCCGUCAACUUUUCCAAGUUCCUCAUAAAAAACUUCCACAAAGAAGACUAUGUCGUCGUCAAAAUGGAUAUUGAAGGCGCAGAGUACGAGGUCCUUCCUCACCUUGUGGAGACAGGGGCUUACAAGCUCAUUGACGUCCUCCUUGUUGAAUGGCAUCCACGCCACCCUGCCUUCAAUGAAGCAGACUGGGCGGUCGCCAACGAAGCCGGCAAAGAGAUGACAAAGGCAGGCGUUUUUAUGCCUUUUUAUGACUCACCAGCGUAA